AUGAACUCUAACAACAACUUGUUGUCCCCAUGUUGCCAACCUUGUGGUGUAUCAAGCUCUCUGACUGGUAUCAAUAACUCUCAACAGAUAAGAUGUGCCGGUACUUCAGUUCUCGGUGCAGCUAUUGCUGUUGUUGCUGUUGGUGGUUGUGCUCAAGGUAUUGGUCAGUUGUUCGCUGCUUUGGUUGUUGGUAUUGCGAGGAAUCCUAGUAUGAAGGAGGAUCUCUUCACUUAUACCCUUAUUGGUAUGGGUUUUCUAGAGUUCUUAGCCAUCCUGGUUAUCCUAAUCGCGGGCGUGCUGCUUUAUUCCGAAUAA